UCACCUUAAAGACAUUCCAGCUCGCUUUUGCUUUGAUAUUUGAUUGUUCGAGAACAGGUUUCUUAUCGAGAGAUGCAGUACACGUCAGUCAGAUGUUCGGGGCUGCUAUCGAUUGCACUGUGUUGUAUUAGCGCUACAUUGAGCUGUGAUAGCUCCAAAAAAUCCCUCUGGAUCAUUAAUGCCGACUUUGAUGACGUCAUAAUCACACAAAGCGUCCUAUCCAGUGUUAGUGAUGUCACAGAUCAUCUGAAAUGUGCACGAAAAUGUAAAGCAAAUCCCGGGUGUUUGUCGUAUUCCUACAGUGCGGAUCACACGUGCCGGUUUCAUUCUGUGAGAUUUAAGAAGGGCGGUUUUAUUAUCAUUUCACCUUCACUUGGAAGUCGGUACUACAGUUCUGAAGCAGAUGCUUGUCCUACCGAUGAAGGGUACGUUCUGCUGGAUAGUGUCGGCAUAUGCUUUAAGGCGUUCACCGAAAGAAAAACACGUGAUGAAGCUCGCGUCUUAUGCAGCGAGUCUGGUGACAGACUGAUUGUCCUCGACACGGCGGCGAAAAACACGGCUGUAGCGGUCUACCUGAUGUCAACUGUAGGUCCACAAUCGUAUUUCCUUGGCCUGACAGACGAACAAACAGAGGACCUGUUUAUCUGGGAGAAUGGAAAAUCGGUUGAUUUUACCAACUGGUAUGAUGGCGAACCCGACAACAAUGGUAAUGACGAAGAUUGCGUACAGUUUACGACGUUUGAAGAAAAAUGGGAAGAUGUUAAAUGCACAGACGACAUUAAAUACAUCUGUGAAAAGCCAUUAAAUUGACAUUCUAUCCUGAAUUACGAACAGCAUGGUUAUUGUUUGGAUGUGUGUGCGUACACGUUUUUGUGUGUUACACUCUUAAUAUUGUGCUAUGGGGUGUAGCGUGGUAUGAACCUUUUGUAAACCCCACCCUUGGACACCUACGAGUCAUUGUCACGAAAUAUGUUAUACUGCGUUACCCACCCCUAUUUUUUUUUUAUAAAAUUAAGAAAAUUGCGACAAACAUCACUUAGAUAAUUAAAUAGUAAUUAGAAACUCACAGGGACAUUUUUAUAGCACAAAGACACCUGAAUUUAUGAAGAAAUGUUUAAUAGGGUGAAGACCGAACCUAAAUCAAAAUAGCCCAAAACUGAUUUCAUUCAGUAUUUUCUAAUACUCAGUCGAUUAAUUAAGACUUGAAGUAGCGCCUUUUUAUGAUUCCUUUGUAGCUAUUAAAGUAACAACGUUUGAAGAUCUUUUAUCAGAACUAGUUUUUUUUUUUAUAAUUCCUAUAUUUAUAAAAAAAAACCCAAGAAAACGUUGAAACGGAAGUGGUUAAAAAGGGUAUUUCUCAGAUUUGCGAUUUUGUUAAUGAAAAAGGUGAAUUUCAUAACUUAAAAGAAUUUAAUGAACUAUACAAAUUAAAUGUGUGUUUCUUAGAAUACUACGGAGUCAUUAAUCCACUUAGGUCAUACUUAAAGAAACUGAAAAUGACACGACUAGAGACACACAUAUCUUUAGAUGGUUCGCCUUUUCAACGUGAACUCUGCUCUGUUAUGAAAGGCUCCGAAGUAUGUUAUCAUACAUUAAUGUCUUCUGAUAAUGGAAAUAUCGCUAUGCUAAAAUUGCAAUGUCAUUUCUCCAUGGAGCUUAACUGGUUUACUACGUAUAACUACACAGGAAACAAAGUUAAGACGUUUUCAAUAUAGAAUAUUACACAGAACAGUAACUACUAACAUAUUUACCUAUAUGUUUAAACUUGUGCAUAGUGAAGCGUGUACGUUUUGUCGUCGAAGUAAAACAUCUAUAGUACAUCUCUUUUGGGAAUGUGAUAUUGUUCAAGCAUUCUGGAAUACAUUUUAAAAUUGGUUAUUGACAUCUUGUAAUCAUAUAAUUAACCUAAAACUCUCUCUUGAACUUGUUAUAUUCGGACAUAAGAACAUUAGGGCAGACACCGUUUUUGAUUUCUUAUUACUUUCAGCAAAAUAAUUUACAUAUCGAUGUAAAGUCCAAAAGAUACAGCUAGACACUACACAUUUUAAAUAUGAAACUAAACAAUGAUACACUGUAGAAAAAUAUAUGCACUUCAGUAAAAACAGUAUCAAUAAAUUCUUUACUAAGCAGUCCAUGCACCAUUCUCUCUAAGAAAACAUAACUUGAUUAUUCAUGGAGCGUAUAUAUUGUAUAAUAUCAAUAUAGCGGACAGUAAAGCUAAAUGUUUUAGCUAGAUUCCUUUGUUUUGAUUUAGCCAGAUUAGUCAGAAAUUCUAAUCCAUAUACAUAGAGAAACAAAUCGGCGAGUAGUGGAUCAUACUUAUAUUUUGUUUAUGUAUCUCAUCCGCAAAUUUGACAUAUAUGUUGUCCAGCAUUACACAUAUGUUCGUCUCAGUAAACUUUAGUCUGGAUACUCUCGGUCUUAACGAAUGAUCCAGACCUGUGUACGAUAGUUAUAUAUGUAUAUCUUAGUUCACUGUUCUUUGUAACAAAUGCCCCGUUGACUAAGGAAUGGAGUUUCUCCUCAAUUUUGUCAUGGAGGAUUGUUGUGUAUCAUAUUCAAAAAUCAAAUAUUUUAGUAUUAGUAAACUUGAUCCGGAUUGAGCGUGAAUGAUUUCAAGUAAAUAACUGGCAUUUUUAAGUAAUAGCACUUGUCUCGAAGACGUUUUGGCAAAACCUAGAAAGGCCAUCCUUGUUAGUGGUCAAAAUAUUGGUCAGUCUUCGAGACAAGGAUUUGGUGGUGCAUUUCCUGGACUCCACCAUGUAUCUCUCCUUGCAUGGAUUCUUACGAAGUUUUGAAAUCGAAUUUUACGUUAAAGUUAAAUGUGACAUAUUCAUGGUGUUUUCUUCUUCAGGUAAGAUGGCGGCCUUAUAUGCAGCACUACUCAAGUUAUCAACCCCAAGUUCGUUUAGGAGACAAUUAAUAUAAUAGUGAUUACAUAUUAUGGUUAAGUUAUAUAUAUCUUUUUGUUAGUGGGCACUAGCACAAACUGUUCGUAUAGUCAGACUUUCUAUCACAGAUGACCAUAAUAAAAAGGUUUUUUUGCCGUAA